ACACAAGGUCACUUGGAUAAAAAUAGGUCUUGACUCUGAAAGUAACAAGAAACAAUCUUUCUUCCAACUCAAAUACAGAACUGUGCUCUUUUCCAAAAACAAACCAGGAGUCGAUUCAGGACGGGAGUAAAUCUGAGCCAGGCUGCCGUUCUCUUUAUAGCUGCGUGUGCUUCGUUUUGUAACUCUCAGAAAUGUAAACGAGUUUACUGAUCCGCGCUCUCCACAGCGACCCUCGCCCUCUCAUCCGGAGCCAUGACGGUGACAUACACUGCCAGCGUGGCCAACGCCCGCUUCUGCGGCUUCUCCAAGCUGCUGCUGGCCUGGAAAGGGAGCAUCUACAAGCUGCUGUACAAGGAGUUCCUGGCCUUCUUCCUCACCUACACGGCUCUGAGCAUCAGCUACAGGUUUAUUCUGCUGGAUUAUCAGAAGAGGUCCUUUGAGAAGCUCUCCAUGUACUGUAACCAGUAUGCCAGCCUCAUCCCCGUGUCCUUCGUACUGGGUUUCUACGUGACGCUGGUUGUGAACCGCUGGUGGAGUCAGUACCAGUCCAUCCCGAUGCCGGACCGGCUCAUGUGUGUGAUCUCAGGGAGCGUGCACGGGCCGGAGGAGCAGGGGCGCCUCCUGAGACGAACCCUGAUGCGCUACGCCAGCCUCUCCGCCCUGCUCAUCUUCCGAUCGGUCAGCACCGCUGCCUUCAAGAGAUUCCCCACCAUGGACCACGUAGUGGAGGCAGGGUUCAUGACCAGGAACGAGCGUAAGAAGUUUGAGAGUCUGCAGUCUCCCUACAACAAGUACUGGAUCCCCUGUGUGUGGUUCUCGAACCUCGCCGCGCUGGCCCGCAAGGAAGGGAGGAUCAGGGACGACCAGGCUCUCCAACUCCUGCUGGAGGAGCUCAAUGUUUUCCGAGGGAGCUGCAGCAUGCUCUUUCACUAUGACUGGAUCAGCGUGCCUCUGGUUUACACACAGGUGGUCACCAUCGCGGUGUACAGCUUCUUCGUGGCCUGUCUGAUUGGACGGCAGUUCCUGGACCCAGCUCAGUCAUACCCGGGUCAUGAUUUCGACAUGUACGUCCCGGUCUUCACCCUGCUGCAGUUCUUCUUCUACGCAGGCUGGCUCAAGGUGGCUGAACAGCUGAUCAACCCCUUCGGAGAAGACGACGAUGACUUUGAGACAAACCGCCUGAUCGACAGGAACUUCCAGGUGUCCAUGAUGGCAGUGGAUGAGAUGUACAGCGACCUGCCCGUCAUUGAGAAGGAUCGUUACUGGAACGACUCGAACCCCAGGGCUCCCUACACGGCCUCCACCGUCUUCGUCCUGCAGAAGCCGUCUUUCCAGGGAUCCGCGUUCGACAUGACGAUCCCCAAAGAGGAGAUGCAGUUCCAGCCUCUGGAUGACAUCGAGGAGAAUCUAGAUGAGAGCAGAGGGCCUGGGAUGGGGGUGCCUCACUACAGCCUGCCCCUCUUCAACCGGCUGCUGGGCUCCGCGCCCUCCCCGGCCGGCCUGGGCAGCAUGCUGACACGCUCCUCCCCCACGAGGCGGCUGCAGCUCCUGAAGAGAGGAGGAGGAGGAGGAGGCAGCUUCUGCUCGGACGGCAGCUCUCUCUACUCCUGCCUGUGUCCGGACACCCAGAGCACCGCGUGCAGCUGUGGAGCCAUCCCCCAGUACCCUCGCCUCAGCGGGAUCCCGUUCCCCCGCGACGAGAGCGAGACGCAGCCAGGGGGCGUCGGCGAACCCUGCCAGAACAAGCAGGCAGAAGAGCCGGCCAGGAGACCCAGGGAAGGGGCAGACAGCAGGGCGGGGGACCAGGCUGAAGGGCCGGCCAGGCUGCUCCGGCGCCUGACCCCUCAGUCCUCUUUCCGGCCGCUUGAACAGGCCCCCUCGGAGACCCCCGGCAGCUUGCUGGCCAGUGAGCUGUUUCCGCAGGGAGGGAAGCCAGCCAAUGGCAGCCAGGCCCUGCCCCUGCUGGGGGGCUUGCCCAACGCCAGCAAAUCGGACAUGAGGAGCGUCAGCGUGGGGUCGGAGGUCAGCGUCCCGUUGCUCAUCCAAGGAGAGCUCCUGGACAAGGGGCGGGGCUGGGACGAAGGAUGCUGCCGUCCCGUGGACGAGGAGAACGGGGUUUGACUUCAGGGCAAGAAGGUCUAGCAGUAAAGCUCUACUGCUUCACUAGCACCUGUUUAUUUUUAAAUAUGUAUUAUUGUUGCUCUGUCAGCCUUGAGUCGUGUUUCACCAAAGACCUGAUUUAGAGAAGCUUCUGUCGCCCCCCAGUGGCUGGGAAUGGUACUCCCAGGGCUGGAGCGACAGUGAGAGUGGGGUUCAGUGCUGCUUCACUUACAGGUAUAUUUUUAGUUCACGCAUCAGUUAUGUAAAUUCCUGGCAUUGUAAACUCUAUUUUUGGUGUGUGUGUGUUUUUUUUUCUAUUAUAUAGAACAACAGUUUAGCAUCUCCCUCUCUGUAGAAUGAGCUAGUUUUGUUUCACGAAGUCGAAUGAAGCUUGCUGAAACCAGGUUAACACAUGCAGUAGUUUUUCCAUUUAAAAAGAGGGAUGGUUUUGUUCACAGUAUGUUUUUUUUUUUUUUUUUUUUUUUUUUUUACUGUUAUUCUUCAAUGUGCACAUUUUUAAACAGGAAAAAAAAAAUUCUUGUGUAAAUAUGUGCUCUGCCAGGGUGUGCCAUGUGAGUUUAGCGUGAAACAGCGAAGCCAGGAGUCUCUGUAUUUGCUUUGUGUAAGACCGUACAUGUCUUAUUUUGUUGUUUUUUUUUUAUUCUUUUUUAAUAAAGUUAUUUUUUAAAACACA